CAGUCGGUGUCGUGUGCAUCUCAGGCGUUGAAAUUGAACCCAAACAGAGAUAUUAAACAACAGAAGGAAUAUUAAUUCUGUCUAAAAACAACAAAGAUGUCAAUGGAAACAAUCAUUUACCUUUUCUCUUAAAAAGGCACUAAAGGUCCCUGCAGUCACUUCACCUCGUUGUAAAGGAAUAAACCUUUUCAUAGUGAAACACUAAAGAGUGCUUUUAAGAAGCGUGAUCACGUUCUCUCUGACAUGAUAAUCACAACACGUUAUUCUAUGCAGCGGUUUCCCCAAAGCAAAAGAGCACAAAUCCAUCAAAACAAAAUAAAAACCUGACGUCCAAAGGAUCCAACAAGGUCGCACUACCAUAACAUAGUGGUGACUGUGAGAUCCACGUGUACACACACACACACACACACACACACACACACAAAUACUUUCAUGCAUAAACAAGGCUCCAUAUUAAUGACUCACCAUAAUAACGCUAUACAGCCACGCCUGGAAAAACAUCCAUAAUUCAGACAUCAGGGCCAGACUGACACAACGCAUUCACAUCAACACCACGUGUGUGUGUGUGCGCACGGACCCAUCGAGGGCAAAUAAACAGCCGUCAACAGGAAGUCAACGACCGCAACUCAGCAACUUAUUUGGCUGCGUCUGUCGUUCCCUCUGCUGACCGGCCGGCUGCAGAUUGCGAGCUUUUGCUUCAAAAUCAGGUGCUUUUAUUCUGAAAUGUUUUCAUUCAAGUUUAGUUCAUUUCGCGCAACAGAAAUAGAACAACAUGAAAAGAUGGAUGACGUGCGUGUGUGUGUGGCACGUGUUAGGGGAUGCUGGUUCAUAAACCUGAAUUACCUCCUCAACACCAGUGAUACUGCAGAUGUUACAUAAAACAAGGGAUACAUCCAGUAAUAAAUAAAGCGCGUCUUUUAAAGACGCAUUGUGUAAGAAAGUGGAGCUCACCGUCUACCGGCUGGAUCGAGGCCCGUGUGGCCGCUCUCGGCGAGGCUCUGCAGAGUCUCUCAUCUGUAACGUUUUCACAAAACCCUCCAGAUUCAAAUGUUCCUUUAUUUGAUGAGGAAAAACUGCACGUAAUUCUGAUUCAGGAUCAGAACGCAGCCCUCCACCAGCUCACGCGUGCAGCUUUGAGGACGUGACUUUGAAAACGUUUUUCCCAAUUAAAAAAGACGCCGAGUGCCCUUGCGCGUUUUACUGUCGCUACAGAAUGUUUAGAUAAUUCAUGUGAUUAAUUCAUGUCAAAACGCCUCUUCAGGGACGUUCAGCCUGUGGUGUCACCCCAAGUUCGAGGACCGCUGCCACUCGGUGGUGGAGUUCAUCGAGCGAGCCAUCAUGCACUCCAAGAACGGCAAAUUCCUCUACUUCCUGCGGUCCCGAGUGCCAGGGCUUCCUCCCACCCCGGUUCAGCUGCUGUAUCCGGUGUCUCGCUUCAGCAACGUGAAGUCACUGCAACACCUCUGUCGCUUCUGCAUCCGACAGAUGGUCCGCAUCGACCACAUCCAGGAGCUUCCGCUGCCCAGGCCGCUGAUAUCCUACCUGAGUAAGUUUUAUUACUACGACCCAGAGGAGGAGACGUACCUGUCAAUCAAGAGCAUCCGGAGGGUGGUGGGUGCAGCACAAGAGGCCGAGUCGCAGACGUAGCAGCGGAGAUCUUCUCAGCUCAAUGUUCCUGACGCAUGUGGUGACGAGCGGCUUUGCGCCUGCACCAAACCCAGGUUUCCGUGUGGAGGACCGAUCCGUGCCGGUCUGCCAGCAUCGGCCAAUCGGAGCCCCUGGAUGCUUCCACGUCUCCAGCUGGACUCGGAAGGACCCGCCUCUCUCUUGACUCCGGACCAACCAAAAGAGGGACGAGUGUUUGCGGCCGUGCGGCGGAAAGAGACAGUCGGGGAGACAUCCGGGUGUAAGAGGACGCGGCCUCGUCUUCGGUGGGACUGCAGAGAUGUUCUCAGUGAAACAAGAAGGAGGAUUAUGAACUCAAUUAGCAAAAUCUCCCCUGAAUCUACCGAACUGGACUUCUAAAAACCCACAAUGCACUGGUCCAUUCGUACAACUGUCGUUUGCUGCCGUCACCCUGUUUUUCCUUUCCAUGCUGUGCAAAAGAAGGGUUUUAUGGAUUGAAAGUUCGCCCUCAGGAGGGACACACACACAGAGGCAGGGCCGAGGUGUUUAAUGAGACCAAGUCACCAUGUUGGAGGACCCAUAAUCUCAUUUCUUCACCGGAUUCCUUGUUUCUGCACCGUAAAUAACAACGUUUUAAUGUCAGCUACAACGCUAAUGCAUCUGGAAUGUAUAUUAGAUGUCUCGCACAUACAGAUUCGUUUAAAAUUCAAUUCAACCCUCAAUUAAAUGUCUUGGUUUUUGCUCGUUCUUCCUUUUCCUCGGGCAGUUUAUCUUGUUAAUAAUUAAUAUUUAUACCCAAUAAGAGAUGCAUCCGUCCCUCUGAUGUCACGUUAGUUGCUCCUCUGCUUCAGUCUCAUCAGUUUCUUGCAGCGAGCUGUGAUCAAAAUUGGACUUUUGAAUCCCGCCCACAGAGUUCUGAUUGUGACCCUUUAGGCCACGCCCACGGCAGAGGGGUGAGUGGUUCUCACCUCCGGUGUGGGCGGGGCUUGGUGGCGCCGGAGGUUCCAGCGGUUUUCACAUUAACUGAACCCUGAAUUUCUCAUGUCUUCAUGUCCCUCCUCCAACAUGGUGGAUUGUGCCUUCGGUUCGAAAACAUCUGACCUCCAGUUCAGAGUAAAAAAAAAAAAAAAAAAAGCAGUGCGGUCAUUCUCGUUGUCAUAGCAACAACAAAAAUCAUCAGGUUCGUGUUGGGUGGGUUUUAGAAAAUAUUUUGGAAUGUAGCGCUGUCGUGGUUUCCUACAUUUCCCAGAAUCCCCCUUUUGCAACCUUUACGUGAUUGCUGGUGUUUUAAAUCUCCUGAACAGCGUCUCAUACACAAUGCACCACGUGUCAUGCAGCUGCAUUGCAUUCUGGUCCAUCGAGGCUCUCGCGCGACACCAAAGAAGAAAACAAAAUCUGAGCAAUGCUCACGUUGUAUCGCAGACCGCUCGUUGGAAUGGAAGUCACAAGCAAAGCACGAAGAGGGAGAUUUGUUGCUGUGAUAAAAAGGAAUUUUAUUUUGCUAUAAUUGGUGCACUUGUCAACAAGUGUCUUUAUUCAAACAGAAGAGGGUUUUGCAAAAAAAAACCAAAAGGCGUUAUUUUGAAUUUGGCGUUGCAGCAUCGGGGGUCUGUGAGCCUCAUUUUCCCAUAAUGCCCUGCCUCAGUGUGUGUAUCUGUGACUCAUCUCUACCUGUCAGUUUUAUUUGUUGAAAUCGCCCAGGUGUAUUUUUGCUGAAGCUACUGGCUCAGUGAUUUCAGUAUAAAAAAAGCUGAAAAAUAAAACAGGUCUCUGUGUGGUAUCGUUUUAAAAACAAA